CUGCCCGACUGUGCUGUACUAUGGCCCCACACAACAAAAGAGGUCGUGUUGGCCUACAGAACCUCGGGGCAUAUGCUCAGAAGCGGCCACGACUUGCUGUGGAUGCAGGGAAGGAAAAUCUUGAGGCAGCACCCGGACCCGAGCUAGACACAGUGUUGCAUGAGCUACCGAAGACACCAAUGGAGGUUUAUGAAGACAUGAGACAUACCUUCGCUGAAAUCACGCAGCCUACAUGGACUGCUCCGACUCCAAGCCACUCGGAACCUGAGCAUCAACCUGCCUUCGUGUCCGACUCCGAGUCAGGCCUGAUGUCUAGUACAGAACAUGCGAGUCUUGGUGACUCCGAGUCCGAGCAUGCCAUUGCAGUGGAAUCUCCGAUUGCAUCUGUGUCCGAAGAACUCGAAGCCAUACGAGCAGCACAAGACAGCAUGAAUGACUCACCGAGAAGGCCAGAGAAGCGGCCCAUGUUUGAGCCUCCACCUUCUGUCGAAGAGGCAACUGUGGCUCUGCGAGAUCUCCGCGAGCUGUUGCAUCCGAGGCGGAAGAAUGAAGAUGCUGCUGGGUCACUAUACCCGGCCCGAGUCGAACAGUUUUGGGAGCUGGAUAGCUGCGUCUCUUCAGACUGCUGUGGCCUGGGAAUUCGGGCCCCACCGAGCAAAGCGGCUGCGCAAAUGGACGCGCGAUUUCCUGCAGGACCGACAUGCCCUUCCAUUCAGUCCAAUGGGGAGUGGACGAGGUCGUUGCUGGAGAAACCUGACCUGAAGGAUGCUCUCUGUGAGCAUCUGCAGACGGUGGGAAAGUACGUACGGGCCAUGGACAUAGUCGAGUUCAUGUCCGAUCCCGAAGUCCUCCUCCGAUAUGGCCUGAAGAAGCCGAUUGGCCUCUCAACUGCACAGGCGUGGAUGCACGCGCUUGAUUACCGCUGGACGAAGACACCAUCGGGGCAGUACGUUGAUGGACACGAGCGGGCGGAUCCCCUGUUCGGUGUUGAUGUUGAUGUGAUUGGCCAAGAUGGGAAGCCGAUCUAUGGCGUGAACGGGAAGAAGCUUCAGCAACGCGUGCGGAUGUCAGAUGGAGUGUUGCCAAAUGGCCAGCCACAAUCACUCUACUUCGAGGAGGGGUCGGAGAAAGUGGGCGUGUUCAAGGGCAUGGAGAAGAUUCUCGAGGAGCGCGCCUCCGGCCCUCGAUUGCUGUAUGCGGCGUCUUCUGUAUAA